UUCUUUUACUUCAGCGCCCUGAAAGUAGUAGCCAAUGUCUUGACUCUGAGUCACUCCAGGUCACCUUGUCUUCUUCUGGGCAGGGAGAGGUGGGACGAGAAGGCUGAGAUCUUUACACUGUUAUUCCCUGGGAACUGAAUGGUUGGCUACAUCAAGAUGAGCCAUCUGCCAAAGCGUUUUGUUAGUCUAUGGGACUUCACGGCUGAAGCUCCAGAGGAAUUAAGUUUUAAAGCUGGAGAUGUCUUUGAAGUUUUGGACAGGAGUGAAGACUGGUGGUACGUGCAGAAACUGAAAUGGGACAGAAAGGGAAAGGCCGAGAUGGGAUACGUCCCUUACAAUUUCCUGGCUGAGGAAGGAACGGUGGAAGAGCAGGCAUGGUUUUUUGGAGAAAUGAGUCGCACAGAGGCUGCGAGUCUUCUCAUGGAAGAUGGAAAUAACAAUGGAUCGUUCCUGAUUCGUGCAAGUGACAAACACGAAAUUCUCUAUGUACUCUCAGUGAGACACCAGGACUCACUCCGGCACUUCAAGAUCAUGAGGAACGCGGCGGGACAAUUUCACCUAAAUAACACCUCCUUUUUCCCUGACCUAUAUCAGCUAGUGGAGUCGUACUGCAAGAAGCCAAUAUGUCCAGGGCUGACCCUGACCAAACCAUGUGUGAAGAAUGAGCCAGUGGUCAGUGACCUGAGCCCGGUACCCUUGGAUGAAUGGGAGAGGCCAAGAGAAGAGUUUACCCUUCUCAGACGACUUGGAAAGGGAAAUUUCGGUCAAGUGCAUGAAGGACUUUGGAAAGGAAAACAAAAAGUUGCUAUCAAGAUUAUAAACCGAGACGUGACCAGCCAGGAUCUAUUUGUGAAGGAGACAGCAUUUCUGAAAACCCUACACCACAAGAACUUACUAUCACUGUACGCAGUGUGUUCUGUUAGUGAUCCUUACUACAUUGUAACUGAGCUGGUACCCAGGGGAGAUCUACUCAACUAUCUACAAGAUUCUGAAGAAGAUGAGUUGGAUGUUGAAGGCCAACUGGACAUAGCAACCCAGGUGACUGAAGGGAUGCGAUAUCUUGAGUCACAAAAUUGUAUUCACCGGGACCUGGCAGCCAGAAAUGUCCUGAUGGGACGAAACAACAUCUGUAAAAUAGCUGACUUUGGGAUGGCCAGAGUUAUCUUGGAUUCCUACUAUGUGUCAGCCUCCAUGAAAAUUCCCUUUAAAUGGACAGCUCCAGAAGCUUUGGAAUACGGUCUUUAUACUGUCAAGUCUGACGUCUGGUCCUUUGGUAUUCUGUUGCAUGAGAUCAUGUCACGGGGCAUGCAACCAUACCCAGCACUUUUAAACUAUGAAAUGCUCGAGUUCCUUAAAGGAGGCCAGAGGAUGAAAGCUCCACCUAAAUGUUCCACACGAGUAUACGAUAUAAUGUUAAUGUGUUGGGCUCUGAACCCCAACCAGAGGCCAAGCUUCGAUGAUCUCAAGACAAUGCUGGAGAACUUGUCUAACUAUGAAGGCUCAGAAGUCACCACCAUACAUUAAGAACUGGUCAUGAGGGGGAAAAGAUAAAAGCGAUGUGGGUACCAGAAAUUCCAAAGGAAAGGAAAAACGGUGUCAUCUUACAACUUAUGAAAUAUGACCUAUGGAUUUCAUAGCAUUGUGUAAUUUGUAAUCUUUUGGUGCUUCCAUUGUAAAGCAAUGUUAGGAAUUUGCUGAACCAAGUAAACUAACACCAACAACUUUUCGUACAUACAUUUCUCAGUAUUUUAGUAUUAACAUUUUUUUAAAAAAGUUGGUAACAAAAGACGGCCAAACUGUUGUUUUUUUCCUCAGUAAAAAUAAAGUAAUCAGUGGCCAGUACAGUUUGUACUGUAGUUGACACAA